AUGGAAGCGCUGCGCACAUCAUGCCCCGACUUGGUGCGGGAUUUGAACGAACGUGGUUUGUCCGACUUGCCGGAUGACUUCUGGACCGCCGUGCUAGAGGUCUUCCACAAUGCGGUCACCACACCAGCUCCUGAUAACAUCCGCAUGCUCAUCCAGAACUACGACUCCAAUGGGUUGAUGCUGCACCUGGUGCGGGCACACCAAGGAGGUGCGGAGAUCUUGCACACGGUCAGCGGCUCCUCCAUCAGCUUCUCUCCCACUGAGUCUCCUGAGAAGGAUAUGCAGUCCGAGCAUGAGAAUCAGAAGCCACAGGGGUAG